AUGAAAUUUCCGAUUGUCCUAUUUUUGAUUCUUGUGGAAUUAUGCUUCAGCUACAAAGUUCUAGUAUUCAAUCCAGCUUUUGGUGCAAGUCACGCAAAUUUUCUUGGAAAGAUUUCCGACAUCCUAAUUGAUGCCGGUAAUGACGUCACAAUGGUUAUCCCAAUUUUUAUAGAUGGGAAAAAGGAACUUAUUGGAUCAAAAAAGGUCAAAAAGAUUAUUCGAAUUGAACAAGAUCCUCGAAUUGCCCAAAUGCACAGAGAAGGAUCAACUGAAGAAAUGAUGAGAAAAAGUAUUUGGAAAAUGGACUCGGAUAUAACAUCAUUGUUUGGGUUAAUUGGAAACUUCAGUAGCGCUGCCGCGUAUAAAACCGAAUAUAUGUUUCAACAAACUGAAUUGAUCGAACAAAUGCGUAAGGAAAAAUUCGAUCUUGCCAUCACAGAGUCACUCUUCUUUGUAGGAUUCGCACUAUUCGAUGAGAUCGGGAUUUGGUCUGUAAUUAACGCUGAUUCGACUCUAUAUAUGGGAUACAAAGAAAAGUGGAAAAUCAACACUUUCAAAAAAAAUGGAAUGAUGUUCUUUCUCUGAGAAAAACAAAUGUUCUGGUUUCUUUUGGCUCAAAUGCGUAUUCUUCUGAUAUGCCACAUGAAUUCAAAAAAUCAUUCUUGAAAGUAUUUGCAUCAAUGCCGGAAACUACUUUCAUUUGGAAGUACGAAGUAGCGAAUGCAACGUUGGCAGAUCAUCUUCCAAAUGUUAAACUGAUUACUUGGAUGCCACAAAAUGAUAUUCUUGCUGAUGAGCGACUAACACUUUUUAUAACUCACGGUGGACUUGGAAGUUCUGUGGAGAUUGCUUACCAAGGGAAACCGGCAGUUGUUAUCCCAUUAAUGUCUGAUCAACCAAGAAAUGCUCACAUGAUCACAAGACAUGGUGGUGCCCUUCAAUUGGAUAAAACUUUAUUGAAUAAACCAGAAGAAAUUAUAAAAGCUAUCCAAACUGUUUUGAAUGAUGUCAAUUACAAGCACAACGCAGAACGCCUUGCCAAAAUUCUUGAAGAACAGCCACACAAACCGAAGGAUGUGGUUCUGAAACAUUGUGACUUUGCUGUUCAAUUUGGUUCAUUAGAUACAUUGAAUUCAGAAGGAAGAUUAUUAAAUACUUUCCAAUUUUAUUCUUUUGAUAUUCCUCUUGCUAUUUUUGUUAUUGUAUGUAUUAUUUUGUUUGUAGUUUAUCUUGUUAUCAAACUUUUAUUCAGGUUUAUCGGACGACAAUUUCCGCUUUUAAAGCAAAAAAUAGAUUAGAU